AUGCGAUCGGUCAAGCCAGUAUCGGUCGGGCAUCACGGCAAGAAACGAGCAUUCUUACAUAAAGACUUAAACUCUUGCUCACACGUUUUCCUUCGAGUCAGAACAGGAAAAAAAUCCCUUGAGCGUCCGUACACCGGCCCACAUAAAGUAAUCAAGCGAACCUCAGACCGCGUGUUCGAAAUCGACGUUAACGGAUCGUCACGUCAAGUAUCAGUAGAAAAUGUAAAACCUGCGUACUUCCUCCGAGACGAUAUUACUAAUCACUCAACGACUAAUGUAAACGAAAAGACUGUGCCAAGUGUAAUUCCUGUUACCUCAGAUAAUUUAGCUACGGUAACUCCACCGUUAAAAACGUACGCACGUAAAAAGAAUGUAUCUUUCGCUACCUAA